AUGCGACCUUGGAGACAAGUCGUAAAAGAUCUAGUUAGUCGGCCGCAUAUAUACUUUGCCGUGCCAUCCUCAAAUCUUGAAAAGUCAUUACGAACUUCAGACGAAGAUAGUCUUGACGACCAAGAGGGUGCGCGUGCUCUCUUAGGGGAUGAUGUUUACCCUCUCUACCACCCUUAUCGACGCUUUGGCGUCUUCAGCAUCAUCAUGGCUGUCAGCGUCUUGGCUCUUACCGCAGCUGGAGCCUUUCUGCUUGGAAAGGCAUGGCAACCUCAUCUUGACGAGAAAUGCAUGAGGCACAGCUCAACCUACUCGACCGUAAUGAAGCAGGUCAGUAAUAAGCUACAUGAUGUCAAGUUCAACGGCACUCUCGGGAAGAAUUCGCAGUUCACUGGCCAUUGGGGAGACCCAAACGAAGCCAUGGACCGCGAAUGGAACAAAUGGGGUUUUGUCAAAUAUGCAAGUUUUUCUCGUGACGAAUUUGCCGCAAUGGGCAUGGACUUGGAAGGGUCUGCCAGGUUCACUGAAGAGUACGGAGGAGGGUAUAUUGGAUUCCUCGAGAUCAGCCACAAAAUGCAUUGUCUCAAUGUAAUCCGGCAAGCAUAUCACCGAGAGUACUACGAAAGACCAGAAAACAAAAAAUGGGCAACCUGGCUGAACGACAGACCGAUUACCGUAAAAGUGCACAUCAACCACUGCUUUGAAAUGCUUCGGCAGAACAUCAUGUGCAGCGCCGACGUCGGCGUCAUCCCGCACCACUGGGUAAAGGACAUCCCGGAUCCCUUUGCCAACUUCAACACUGUGCAUAAAUGCCGCGACCUGGACAGUGUGGCUAAGUGGAUUGAAGACCAUGAGGUAGCACCUCCACCAGAAACUGGAUAUCCGAUGCCAGCAGAUUCCAAGGUUUGGGAAAAGGCGCCCUAA